GUAACAAUUUCUCGAUUCAAAAACUGAAACCCAAACGCGGCAUGGUUUCUUCUGCAACUGCAAUCACUUCACGCAUUUGACCCCUUUUCACCAAAAUCCUAACAAAUUCCGCAAGAAAAUCGAACCUUACCGGAAUGGAAAACCAGACUCGAGUUCGGUGCCCGGAGAAUGAAGAACUUGCUUCGUUCAUGAAGAACAAGUGGAAAGAAAUGGCUUCGCAACCUAAAGGUCUUUCCGAUAACAUCGAAAUGGCACUUUCUAAAGCUCAUUUCAAUGUUUGUAACUCUAAAAAUCCAAUUCGAACUAUCAAAGAUUUCUCUACUGUUAAGGGUGUGGGGAAAAUGAUGUUGAGGCUGAUGCAGGGUUUUUUUGGGACCGGUUCUGGAGGUACUGAACCAGAUGACUUGACCACAAAGGGAAAGAAAACUAAAGGUACCAAGCGCUAUGUACCUCAAAGGAACUCUGUGGCGUAUGCAUUAUUGAUAACCCUUUACAGGGGAACUUCAAAUGGGAAUGAAUUUAUGCGUAAACAGGAGCUUAUCGAUGCUGCUGAAGCUAGUGGGUUAUCUCGAGCACCAAUUGCGCCAGAAAAAGGGAAAGGAAAACCUGGACAUUUUGGAAGUUCUCCACAGGAUUGGUACAGUGGAUGGAGCUGCAUGAAGACAUUGAUAUCCAAAGGAUUAGUUGUAAAAUCGAGUUGCCCAGCAAAGUACAUGCUAACCCAAGAAGGCAAGGAAGCAGCAUGUGACUGCCUUAAAAGAUCUGGAAUGGCAGAAUCUCUGGACAAGUCGGCUUCUGUUGAAAUUCCUAUUCAUAUGGAUAAACAAAACUCAUUAGAUAUGGAAGUUGAUGCUCAUGAUUUGGAAUCAGAAGUGACAUCACCAUUGAACAGGCAAAAGAAGCCGGUGGAUGUUCCUCUUGAUUCCCUUGAGAGGUUUACAAAAAUGGGUUACUCCAAGGAGCAGAUUAUUACUGCUUUUGAGGAUGUUUCCAGAAGCCACCCAAGUAAAGACAUUUCAUCUCUGUGGCCGGCUGUUUUGUGUCAACUUCGGGAGGAGCAAGUCUAUGGCUCACAGCCAGAAUCUCGAAUAAUGAUGAAUGCUAAUGCUGUUGUAAAUGGUCUCAAAGGCCCCAUUGAAAAAGAGAGCAGAACUGCGAGUUCAUCCUGUGGUGGGCAUGUGGCAAACUUACGUUCUCUUGAUAUUCCAUCGUUUCCCAUGAGAGCUUGCUCAUCAGCUGAUCAUGCCAUGCAAAAGCCAAACAAGGAUGAGGUUAAAUCACAGAUGAACAUUUUAAGUGUGCCACCAUUGAGCUUGGGGGAGAGGUUUGAGGAUGCUUAUGAAGUAAUUUUAAUAUUGGAUGACCGGGAGCAAUUUGCUACACAGGGAUCACGAUCUAGAAAAAUUAUCGAGAAUAUUCGUAGCCACUUCAAAAUCCAAAUUGAGGUCCGGAGAUUGCCAGUUGGAGAUGGGAUUUGGAUAGCGCGCCAUAAAACUCUUGGCAGUGAAUAUGUGUUGGAUUUUAUUGUUGAGAGGAAAAAAAUUGAUGAUUUACGCAGUUCAAUUAGGGAUAACCGCUACAAGGAUCAGAAGUUAAGACUCGUGAGGUGUGGGCUGAGGAAGCUGAUAUAUCUUGUUGAAGGUGAUCCAAAUUCUUCCGAAGCUGCUGAAAGCAUAAAAACAGCCUGUUUUACAACAGAGAUUCUGGAGGGAUUUGACGUACAGAGAACAAGUGGUUUAGGUGAUACCCUAAGGAAGUAUGGCCAUCUUACCCAAGCAAUUUACCAAUAUUACAAGUCAGAAUUUUUUGAAGACAAUAAGAAAUACUCUGCGAUAUGUCCUCCGUAUGAUGAAUUUGUUAGAAGGUGUCAAGACCUCGAAAAAAUGACAGUUAGUGAUGUAUUUGCCAUCCAACUUAUGCAGGCCCCACAAGUUACAGAGGAGAUUGCCAUGGCUGUGUUGGAUUUGUAUCCCACACUUCUGUCUCUUGCCCGUGCCUAUUCACUACUUGACGGUGAUUCUUGCGCCCAAGAGCAGAUGCUUCAAAGACAAAGUAAUAAUGCGAUCAAUGCAGCUGCUAGUAGGAACAUUUUCCAGCUUGUUUGGGGUAGCUGACAUGUAUUUCCUCCUCAAACUUGAGUUUUUGGAUGGGAAUUCACUAAGCAAGGGUGAAUACCAUUUUUUUUUCUCACUUUAGUAAGUUCUCUUUAGCGUAUGUGUAUGUAAAAUUAUUGUUAGUUUAUAUUAUAACAAAGUUUUAGUUAAGUGGUCAUCUGUAUAUUUUGUAAAGCAAAAUCCUGUACAACACCAAUCAGAGUAUUUUACAUACGGAUUAGGAUCAAUUACAUGAAUCAAAUGAUAGGAUGUCAUAAUUGUCUUAUCAUACAAAAGAAGGUUUAGAAUUAA